AUGCCGCACUUCGACCAGCUUGAUGCGCCGAAGAAGGGCAAGCCGAUCAAAUCAGCCUUUGAUAGUGAGAGCUUCGAUGCGGACGGCACGAUUCACGUCGCCGGUCUGGUAGGAUCGGCGACGAUAGCCCCUUCUCAGAGGGAUGUUGCUUUAGCAUCACCCGAGGGCUUAUCCAUUAUUGAUUUGGACUCACCAUACAAUCCUCCCCGCCGACUCAGCAGUCAUGGCUCCCCUUGGCUGGUCACCGAUGUUCAAUGGUCGCCCUUUGCAGUUCGUGACUACUGGGUUGUCUCCACUGCCAACCAUCGCGCGCUUGUCUGGAACCUCAAUUUGAGAGAUGACUCGACAUCGGGAGCUAUUGAGCAUUCACUGCAAGGCCACAGCAGAGCCAUCACCGACAUCAACUGGUCCGCCCACCACCCAGACCAGCUUGCUUCGUGUGCCGUCGAUGGUUACGUGCACUGCUGGGAUCUAAGGCGCCCGAGACAGCCUGUCCUUACUUUCUGCGAUUGGUUUGCCGGCGCCACGCAAGUCAAGUACAACCGCCAGGACCCGCACAUUCUAGCUUCAUCUCACGACAGGUGGUUGCACAUUUGGGACGAGCGACGACCAAGUGAGCCCCUGAAAUCAAUCGGCGCACACACCUCAAAGAUCUACGGGAUUGACUGGAACCGGACCACGUCUACCAAGAUUGUCACUUGUUCUUUGGACAAGCACAUCAAGUUUUGGGACUACGCCAGCGAUCAAGAUGUCCCGGAUCGCGUUAUACGUACCGAGUUCCCGGUGUGGCGCGCUCGUCAUACCCCUUUUGGCCAGGGGCUCCUUGCGAUGCCUCAGAACGAACCAGGCGAUCUGUACCUGUACGACUGGCGAACACCUCCCAAGGACCCUGAGGAAGGGCCGACUGAGCCAGUAGCGGUAUUUCCUGGUCACGGCAACCACAAGGCCAAGGAGUUCUUGUGGAGAAGUAGAGGAAGUAUCACCGAAGAUGCGCUAGAUAACAGAGAUUUCCAGCUGGUCUCCUGGGGAGAGGACAAUGAACUGCGUCUGCAGCAAGUCGAUCCGUCAAUUCUCGAGUCAGUGGGCUAUGUGAAAGGGAUGGCAGCCAACAAAAAUGUCGUCCUCACACGUAAAGGCGCUGCCUACAAAACUUUCCGAACGGUUGAGGACACGGUCAGCCGAGACAGGAGAAGUGCCACAAUGAGCGAUCCCCGCAACAGCGCGCAAUACCGUCAGAGUGCUCUGACUAUGGGCAUGCGGUCUGGGCCGACAACCUACUCCAAACUUGGUGCGGCUUGGAAGGGCUCAUCAAUGAAAGCCAAAAGCACAUCCAGAGAGAUGGAUCGUAGCCAGGCACAUAUUGGCUGGAUGAAGGGAAUCAUGAUGAACAAGAGAAAAACAUCUACAGACAGCCCUAGAAGGGCAGAUUCGAAAGACUCCAGCAUGUUCAGCCCAGGUUACAUGGACGAUGAUAAGUGGGGAGAGCCAGAGACCAUCCAGGAGGAAUUCCUCCGCAUCAGCAUGCAGCUUCCCAAGGUCAAGUGGGAGCACAUCGACAUGGACAACCUGACGCUCAAUGCAUCUCUCAACGGCCCUUGGGGCGCCAACGGCGAUCCCAUCUUCAUCAAAGUCACGGUCGACAUCCCCUCAAACUAUCCCAAAGCCAAAGCACCAAGAUUUUACAUUGAGAAGACCGGCUUCAUGUCGGACAAGACGCAUAAAAAGGUCGAGCGCGAAAUCCAUGAGCUUUGCCAACAGUUCUUAGAGCGAAAGCAGAAUUGCCUGGAUGUUGCUUUCUCUUAUCUGUUAGGCGAGAUCGACCUUGCAGCGAGCACGAAUUUCUUCAAAAAUGUGAAGGAUCUCGACGACCCUUUAGACGGACUUGGCUCCGAGAGCUCCAGCGAAGACGAGAACGAUAUUCCGGCCGGCGGCUCGGCGUCCAUGUCCCAAGAAUUGCCUCCAAACGCAGAGGCCAUAAGCACAUUGGCACCAAACAAUAGACCUACGAUCCCACCCUUACCACGGUUCUGCGGUGCCCGCUUCUCCAACGACGGCCGGUUGGUGUGCUUCUUCCCAACCAAGGAAGAAAAGGCAAGGGCAUUGUUAUUCACGCCGGCAGAACCUAUGCGAGAAAGGUCAAAAGGGGAGCCUGUUUUUGCAGGCUUCGGUCGUCUUGCGCAUGAUUCUCCUCCGGGAAAGCGAUACGGCAACGAUGAAAUGUCCGCCACAGACGAGCAGUCCGACUCUGACAUCUCCACCGGUUCAUCGUCUUCGAGUGACUCGGAGUCAACAUCUAUCAACAAGAUGAGCCUAUGGUAUCAACCUCGACAUCGUUUCAAGCGAACCUGGAGUGAUAACCGCUCUGUUCGAUCAAGCGGUGGGGGCACAGGGGUUGGAACCGGAACGGGUACAGGAUCGCUUAGAAGGCGACCGGGCGCAAAAUCAAGGAACGUCAUCUCUCUUCACGACUUAUCGGAUAUUCUCCCCGCGAAGAAGGAAUUCGCCGAGGACUAUGCUAUAUUUGGGGAUGGUGCUGAGGUCUGCGAGCACAACGCUCAGGUCGCAGAGAAGCACGGCUGCCAAGAUCUGGUGGAUGUCUGGCGUUACCUCUCGCUGAUCCUUCGCCGAGAUAUCCCACUGGAAUUGUCAAACAUGGACCGUCACCAGAACUCCAUUCUGAUCAUUGCCAGAGACGCCCUUGCGCGAUUCCGCCACGAGGGGUCGCCGGUUACCAAGACGAUCAAUGGCAAAGACACUGCUGACUUUAACGGGAGAGUGAAGUGGGGCAAUCAUCCGCUAGCAAGGGACUUCAUCAGCGAUCUCUUUGAUUAUUUUGAGAAAACUGCAGAUAUCCAGAUGCUAGCUAUGUUGUCCUGCAUCUUUAGUGAAGCAUUCACCGAAGACAGCGUUGCCUACGCCGAGUCGCACCUAACACAGCCAGAUACACCGCUGCCCAUGAAGACUCCAGCAUUUUCACUCGAUUACUUCCCCACGGAUGCAUCGCUUUGGACUUACAAUGGAAGGAGUCAGACAAAUUCAGCCAUCACCACGCCUAGGACAUUGCACACGCCAAUCCGGUACUCUGGGUCACAAGGGUCCGCUGAGGAAAUGCUUUGGACUGGCGACCCAGGCUCAAACUCUUACUCGUGCGGCGAGACACCACCACCAAGGGGCAAGGAGUAUCUUGGGGAGGGUGAUCAAACGCCAAGUCUUUCCACGUCGCCCAGUGGAAGGACGCUGUCAAGAGCCAAUUCGGGCCUGACGUCGAGCUUCGCUAUCAAUUUCCCCCGACCGUUCAGUGGUGUUGCGACGGGGACAACGACUGCAGCAUCGUCACCGCCUAAUCACGGUCGUAAGAGACCGAGUCCAGCGGAGACAAUA